AUGUCGUUCUUUCACGCACUUCAGUCCCUGGUUUUUUACGUGGCCGCUUGCUCGCCAUGCCAUCAGACAUUACAUCAGCGUCGCCUCAAGAAAGAGGCUAGAAGGCAGCGUGAGGCACAACAGUUGGAACACGCUAUACCGGGGGGUUACAAUCAGCCAGAACCUUUCAAGACCAACCCUUACUGGUCAGAAGAGAUCAGCAUGGGGCCGCAUCUUGAGCGCAAGAAAUACAGAAAUCCCAGCCAACGACGCUUGGCCAGUUCUGGCGGUGAAUCUGUCAGCGUUGGUGGUAGUAGUAUUGCUGUAAAUCACACCUCGAAUACUAUCACCACCACCACUACAAAGUCGGUAUCCCUGACAAGUCAUAUCCUCGUUGUAACCUCUGGUACUGACAGUACGAACAGUGACACUAUCUCUCGAGCAAAGGAAAACGAGAAGCCUAAUGCGAGCAUUGGUGGGGUAAGCGUUGUUACCAUCACCAACCUGGAUGCUUCGUCGCGUAGAAGUGAGAGUGGGUAUGAAUUAUCUCCUGUCACAACAACUGACAUCCCGCAUGAUUGGAAUCAUAGGCGCUAUCAGAGAGAGGAUGAAGAGCUAUGGGGAUCAGAGCUGUCUCGAACUGGCCACAAGCUGAUGGAUGCGAUUAAGCACGCGGGAUCAUCAGCUGGUCGCUUCCUCGAAUCGAGCUUAAAUAAGGAUGCCAGACAACUCAGCGAUGACGAGGAUGAAGGAAGCCGCUAUUUUCUCCCUGUUAACCCGCCAGUUAAUGAUUAUCACCCGCCCAUUGUGCGACGACACGACCUCAAGGGCACUGUUCGAUGGAUGGUACAACCACCACCUCCAGCUAAACUCAUGGAGGGGAAAGUUCCAGUGAGUCGCGGCAGUUCGAUAGCAAGCCGACAUACCACCGCAAGCCGGCGUACCGCAACAUGGGAUAGAUCUAUGGAUGGGGGUAUGCCAGUCAGUCGCGGUAGCUCGACAAGUAAUUUAAGCCGGCACCCUACACACUCUAACAAAGUAAUUGACGGUGUUCCUGUCUAUGGCAGCUCGGCGAACGAUCUAAGCUUAUACACCACACCGGAGGAUGACAGGAAAGCAGAGGAUACGGCUGUCGAGAUAAAAUUAUAGCGACAGCUCCGUUAUGCACGAAGUCUACCAAGAAAUUGAUGGUAGUUGCGAGAAUGUCGCCAUGAGUCAUUGUCACCAAUCAGGGUCCGAACGAUAGGUGUUCUACCUUCUUAUAACGCCUGAAGUAUUCGGGAAGCCACCAAAGAUGCCAAGGGAUCACAUAUCCACUCUGUCUGGGUUCGAGAAUGAGCAGCAGAUAGGAUGAUGCGAUUGAUGCUAUACUGGAAGCUACCAGUGAGUAGUUCCGAGCUACAGAUUACGCAGCUUUG